AGAGAAAGUUCUACUGCAAACUACACAAUUAUAGAAUUCAAAAUAUCUUCUUCUCAGCAAUAGUCUCACACACACACACACACACACACACACACACACACAUAUAUAUAUAGACAUCCACACACACACGCGCACACAAUUAGACGUGCUGCUGGCAGUAUCAUCUGCCCAGAGACUGUGUUAGAGGGAGAGGGAGUUUGUUCAUGGAUACCAAUGCAUAUCUUCGUUCCUAUAUCAUGUUUAUUUUGGUUCUUUUUCUGUGUGCAGGGUUAUGGUUUCCAAGCAGCAAGCUAAACCUCGAGGGUUCUCGGCCAUGGCGCAUCUCCAGAGGCUCUAUCUCAAAGAGCCACUUCCCGAAACCCUCCCACCACCUCACACGAACACCCCACCACCCGCUUGAUCCGCUUACCAUUCCCGAAAUCAAUCGGGUUCGAUCCAUCCUCUCCUCCUACCCACCCUUCUCCCCCGCCUUCCCUGCAAUUCACUCCCUCUCUUUAGACGAACCCGACAAGCUUCGGGUCUUGUAUUGGAAGAAAGGCGACCCACUUCCCCCUAGAAGAGCAUCAAUCGUUGCCCUCGUACACGGUCAAACUCACGUGCUUGUCGUGGGCUUGGAUUCUGGUCGGGUCAUCAGCCACGCAAUCCAUGCUGGUUCCGGUUACCCAGUUCUGUCUACAAACGACAUCUUGGCCGCGGCAGAGGUGACACUAACUGAUACAGAAUUCAACAAGUCCGUCGCAGCGCGGGGCGUCGAGUUGUCGGAUGUGGCUUGCAUCACGCCCUCCCCGGGUUGGUUCAGACCCGACGAGGAAGGGAGGCGAGUCAUUAAGGUCCAGUGCUUCUCGAAACAGGGCACGCCCAAUUUCUACAUGAGGCCCAUCGAGGGCCUCACUGUGACGGUGGACCUGGACAGGAGAGAGGUUGUGAAAAUCUCCGACACGGGCGGGGGAAUCCCGGUCCCCAAGGGAACGAACACCGAUUAUCGGUACUGCCCGAAAGACAGGACCCGACGAAAGGACCCGAUCAACCCGAUAUCACUAGAGCAGCCCAACGGUCCGAGCUUCAGAGUAGAAGAUGGGCACACGGUGAAAUGGGCGAACUGGUGUUUUCACCUGAAGGCGGACCAACGGGCCGGGUUGGUGGUGUCGCGGGUCAAGGUUGUGGACCCGGAGACGGGGAGGUGGAGAAGCGUGAUGUACCAGGGGAUGGCGUCGGAGCUGUUUGUGCCAUACAUGGACCCGGAGGAGGGGUGGUAUUUUAAGACAUACAUGGACGCCGGGGAGUUCGGGUUGGGAGCGACGGCGAUGGAGCUGGUGGCGCUCAACGAUUGUCCUCGGAAUUCGUAUUAUAUGGAUGGGGUUUUCGUUGCUGCCGACGGGAAGCCGUUCGUUCAGGCGAAUAUGAUCUGCGUGUUCGAGCGGCAUGCCGGCGAGAUUGCGUGGCGGCACGCCGAGAGCCCCCUCACGGGUUUUAAGAUCAGAGAGGCAAGGCCAAAGGUGACCCUGGUGGCUCGCAUGGCAGCAUCUGUCGGAAACUAUGACUAUAUCUUUGAUUGGGAAUUUCAAACUGAUGGUUUGAUCCGCAUUAAGGUGGGGCUCUCUGGAAUGCUAAUGGUGAAAGGAACGCCCUACGAGCAUGUAAACCAAGUGCCGGACGACGACCCCCACAUGACCGGCGGUCUGGUGUCGGAAAACGUCGUCGGAGUCGUCCACGACCACUACGUCACGUUCAGGCUGGACAUGGACGUCGACGGCCCGGACAACUCCCUCGUCAGGGUGGAUCUCGUGAAGGAAGAGACGGCGCCCGGGGAGUCGCCCCGGAGGAGCUACCUCAGGGCCAGGAGGCGCGUGGCCAAGUCGGAGGACGACGCGCGCAUCAAGCUUAAGCUCUACGAGCCGUCGGAGUUUCACUUGGUAAAUCCUUCGAGGACGUCCAGGUUGGGGAACCCGGCGGGGUACAAGGUUGUCCCUGGUAGCAACGCCGCCAGCUUGCUUGAUCUCAAUGAUCCUCCCCAGCUUAGAAGUGCUUUCACUAACAAUCAGAUAUGGGUGACCCCAUACAACAAGAGUGAACGGUGGGCAGGUGGGCUUACGGCUUAUCAGAGCAAGGGAGACGACACCCUCGCCGUGUGGUCUGAAAGGAACCGUCCGAUCGAAAACAGGGAUAUUGUGAUGUGGUACACCCUGGGAUUCCACCACGUACCCUGCCAGGAGGAUUACCCGGUGAUGCCCACCGUCUCUUCCAGCUUCCAUCUGAAGCCCGUAAAUUUCUUUGAGAGCAAUCCCAUCCUUGGGGCUGCCCCCAACUUGGAGGGCGACCUGCCCGUUUGUAGGGCAGCUUCUUCUUUUUAACCCACAUGCAGUUUGGUUUGUGUAUGAGUUCCAUAUUUAAUUGCUCCGGACUACGAUGAAGGAUGAUCUUGGAAGGUACAGAUUCAUGUCUGCUUCUAAGUGAAGGAGAAGUACAUGAAAAUAUGUUUGUGAAUCCAACAUGGGCGUACUUUCUUUUGAAAUUCUUAAUUCUGAAAAUAAAUUAAAAUCAUUAAUAUAUGAAUGGGUUCCACAUUUUAAAA